CAACUUCGAAGUUCCGACGAAUAUGGCGCGGAACAAUAAGCUAAAGUUGUGAUUGUUUUUGUAAAUGUUAAAUAACACGAAGCUAAAGGGAUGGCUUCGAAAGAAACCGAACAAGUGCUGGAAGAUGAGCUUCAGGCUUUACAUCAUUCGAUUGAGCAGCUGAAUUCGGUGAAUUCAGAAGUUAUUUUUCAAAACAAUAGCUUCGAGAACCAAAAGACCAGCAAAAGGAAACGAGUUAACCAAGCCGACGUACAAACCCAGACGCCCAAAAAAUCUAAAAAAAGCAGUAAUCGUAUCCCAGAAGAUUAUGUCAUCGAUCCAGAUAAUCCGAUAGAUGAAAUUUUAGAAGAAAUUGCCCAGCGAAAAAAUCUUACUACAUACAAUGUGAAACACCUGCUGCGAAACAUAAUUGCAAAUGAAAGUGUUCAAAAAAUGCUUAAGUGUUCAUUAGACCCUAGCUUAAAGAUGGAUUUUCAGCCAAAACUUACUCGUUCGAAAACAAAAGAAUGGCUCGAAACUCAAAAUAGAGCUUGGCCAACUUCAGCUAAAAAAGUUAGUGAAACACGAAUUUUAAUGGAAGAGGAUUUUCCUGAAGAUUCAUCAGACGAAGAUGAUGAGUAUAGGCCAAAUGAAGAUGACAUAGAUAAUCACAGCGAUGAAGGAAGCUUUUUGUCUUCUCAUACCAGUGAUAUUGGAUCUCCUUCAUCUUCAUUGGCUCCUUGUCCAAAGAAUGUGCCAGAGAGUACUGAUCCAUUUAAGAGACCCUUUCCCAUAGAACAACCACCCAUGCAUGAUGAUCUAAUUGGGUCUCGAACUAGGUCCAAAUUACCACUGAAUGACACUCCAUUAGAGCAUUUAGAAUUGGCUUUUAUUCCUCCUGACAUAUCAACUGAUAUGUAUGAUUCUGAUUGUGAUAAUGAAGAGUGGCGAAAGUUUUUAAAGGAAUUUGUUUGCCCUCCUUCGAAUCACUUCUGUGAGAACGUUGACGAUGAAGAUGCGGACCCAGAAUAUAAUGUAUUAGAAGAAGAAGAAGAAGUGGAUGCUGAAGAAUUGCGCGCAGACCGCACUGUACAAAUCACUAAAAAAGAAGUAAGUGAACUAUUGUCGGAGCUUUUUGACGCCGAUUUUUCUUCAUCCGACGAAGAAAACACGAAAACAAUCACCGAGCCUGUCCGGGUUCGUGAACCCGCUGAUGACAUUCUCCAAACAGCUAUGUCUGACAUUAUGGUAGAAAUAGAAACGAAUUCGCCUUCAAUAAGCAAAACUCCUGUUAAGCCCACGGGAAUUGUACAACCGCUUAUCCCGAUCCGUGAGCCAGUUCAGGACCUCCCAUUCACUGUAAGCUUUCCAACAUUGGACUGCGCACCAAUUGAAAUGUUUCCUCAGACAGAUCCUGUAAAUGGACCUACCGAGGCAUCGUCAACAGUGACCCUUUCACCUGAGGCCACGCUACUUUUGAACGAACAAAUGCGGAAACAUGUACAGUUACUCACACAAAUGCAUUUAAUAACUGCUCAGCAAUCGGGUUUGGAGAGCAUAACAGAAGAGUGUCGUUUCAUGUUACAAGACCUUGUUUCUCUAAAGCAACGAGUGGAUAUUGCUAACUUAGAUGAAGCUCUUGAUUUAGUUAACUAUUGGGAAACUGUUGUGACGAAGGCACCGCCUGAGGAACUCACCAAGUUCCAGAGAACUGUCAUCACUUGUGGGAAUAGGAAAAAAUUCAUUAAGCGUACAAACAAACAUCCUGAUCGCUAUCCUUUCAACCCCAAAAUGGUCCAAUUGAUGGCAGAAAGUCGUAUUUUUAUCUACCCUGAAUUACUUCCGAAAAUCGCAAUAUUUCAGUCCGUACCAGGUCCAUGCAAGAUGUCAUCGUACGAAGAGCAGCUGAUAGCUAUGGGCAUGGAACAGUUUACUCCGUUUUGUGCUGAACUUUUGAAGGGUUCGAAAAGCUCAGUGGAUAAUCUAGUUAACUCCAUGAUUUCGCACUACAUGCUACCUCACUGGACAGCCAAACAAAUUGGAAUUCGGAUCAAAAAUAAGUCUUUCAACUGUAAAAGAACCAUGAAUGACUCUAAUCCAAUUAAAUACUACCUUAAAAAUAAAGUAGCCCCACCUGUACACCAUGUCAUCCAACCGUUCAACCGCCAUUCAUCAAUUACGCUAUGUGAUGUUCCGUCAUCGAUGUUACCAGUACGUUGGCGAGAACUGAUGUUAAUUCACAAAGGCAUUCGUCUUCGAUCUAGAAAAGAUCCUUUCGCGCUACGACCUUUAGUUCCGAAGUGUCAACCGUCGUAUUAUCUCCUCUGCGAGAAUACGCCCACGCCUGAGUUCGCUGGGGCAAAGCUCACACCUAUGACCAAGAAACCGAAGCCAAGGAGAUACUCCCGGACGAGGAUGAAUAAAAAGAAAGCGGAUUGUGAAAUUCCACAGGCAAAUAAUGAAAGACAGACCAGCCAAGGGCCUGUAAAAUCCAUUCAUUCUCCUAUUCAUUGUAACCUCGCUGAAUCUGGAAAUAGCUCUUCAUCUUACCUAGGUGAAGAGGGUGACGAUCAAUCGCCUGAGGCUUUCCAAUGCCGAAAAAAGGGCGCAUUUCGGGAAAAUCGCAAACGGGAUAAAAAUGUUGACCAUACAACUGCAAACUCUGCCACGAAUAAUGUUCUUUCUGAACCGGUCCUGGUUACGCCGAAAGUAACGGAGAACACAAUCCAAGAACGGAAUAAUAUUCACCCAAUCGCCUGCAAAACCUCUCCAAAAAUUUACCCAAUUUCAGAACAGCUUAACCUCAGCAUAUGUGAUAGCUCUUUACGAGAAGAGCACAUAAAAAAAAGCCGGUGUAAUGGAACCUCAGCCGUAUCGCCUGAACCAACUGUUAUGUCAAGCAUUUCAACUUAUCACCUAGAUUCCAUUGAAACCGAUCCCGAGCCUGAACCUCAACAGCCUCUUGACGCUUCAAGUCCUCAUGACGAGAAAAGAAGAACUAGUCCAACAACUAACCAAGGGGCAAAACGUUACUUCAUAAUCCAUCGUCCUGACUCAAACACGACCCACGUUAUGCAUGUUUGGGGUCCUCCGAAAAUUCGCACAGAAACUACCGUUCCACUUCGUGCGGCUGCAGAUCGUGAAGCCAGUAAUACUGUCGGAGGGCCAAAUACAUCGUCACAAGGAAACAAAAAAUCUACAUCGUCCUGUAAUAGUGGAACCGGCAAUUUCUCUUCCUCUGGACAAAAUGCCUCGGGAACAGGUUCCGGCAAUAGCGGGGGAGAUGACGGGGAGAGGCCACCAUCUAGUCCGCUGAACAUCCGGCAUGUGGAUGAAAAUGUAGUCAUGGAAGACGAUGACGAUGAGGAAGACUCAAUUUCCUUUGAUUUCUUGGCAUCUGUUCCAUUGCUUACCAAUUCUGUCCCGUCAAAAGGGAGAAGUCCUGCUCAUCGACACAUUCGUCAUCAGCGCAACGCCAAGCGGAUACUCGACUCUUGGAUGGCUGAUGAUGACCCUAGUCAGCCUCGCAGCGAUGCAUACGCCCAAAUAUACUUCAUGAAAGUUCGAAAUCGACUAGAACAACAAAAUCCCUUGGCUUUUAAGGAAUUCGUAACUACUUUGGGACACUUCCAAUCCAGCUCGUGCUCGACUUUGGAACUGUAUAGAAAAAUGGAGUCAAUAUUAAAGGACCACCCGGAUUUAAUGGAAGAGUUUGUCCUUUUUUUAACUCCUGAAGCAGCCGCCCAAUGUGGCGUGCAAUUUCAACAUUUUUUGUACGUCCGAAUGCGUGAAUUCUUCUCAAAACUAAAGAUUCAUUUCAAAGAUAGUCCUUUACAGCUCAAGCGAACUCUAAAAACACUUCAGCAAAUUGAGAGUAGUCCUUCAGCGAAUGUCAGUGAUAUUAAAAACGCUCUUCUUCCUUUGCUUAAAGGAAAUGCUCAUUUGACGCAAGCUUUUCUUCAGCUUUUUCUUGAUGACGUGCCCCUCCCAAGUGAUGCAGGGGACUUUGAAGAUGUGAACAUGGAUCAAAUUAAUAGUGGCGAUGAAUUUGAGCACGUCCAUUUGAGGGAAGCUACAACGCAAUCCAAAGAAAAUGAAGCAAAAUCAGGUAAGCGGACCGGUAUGAAGGGAAGUGCCAAGAAUAAGAGUAAGGGUAAAUCUUGGAAAAAGUCAUCGUAAAUUAUGAAAUGUUUUAUAGAAAUGUUGUUGUCUUUAUUACCGAAAUGUAAAUACAGACGCUUUCGAAUACUUGGUAUACACAAAAUGAUUUUAUUGUCU